UUCAUUUUGCCCCAAAAUACCCAUUACAUCACAGGACCAGUUAUAUAUCCACUAUUCGUUGGAAAAGGGAAAAUACGUUAAUAAAGUCCAGUUUUUAGUUGCAUAACUACCACACUAGUACCACCAAACGUACCACCCCAACCCAAAGUACCCAACCCGCACUGAAACCAAACUGCAAGAAUUUUGAACCCAACUCAGAAAUAAAAAAUAAAAAAUAAAAAUAGAAUUAAGAAUAUCCCUAGUCACAAAUAAACAACUCCUCCUCAAAUCUUCUCCUUCCAGAACAGAAACAUGCUAUAGAAUCCUCAAGUGGAAAGGGGGAAAAAAAAAAAAAAAACUAUUUAGGAAAAUUCAUUUCAAUUCCCCUCUUCAUCCUCUCUCUCUGCAACUCCUUUCGCCUGAACUCGCGCCUGCACUAUAUCUCCCCUCUCAUAAUUCCUCCCCCAACUUAUUUCCACACGCGCAAACUUCAAAUUAAUGCGUCGUCUAGUUUGUUAGCCGCGUCGUCGAUGUGAGAUGAGAGAGAAAUACCAAAUGUGAAGUUCGUUCCGUUGUUAGGCGAGACUUAUUUUUGGUUGAAUUAGGGUUUCUGGAGUUGAGAGCCGGAACCAAAAUGCCGCUGUGCAGGUACCAGAUUAGGAACGAGUACAGCUUAGCUGAUCCCGAGUUGUAUAGAGCUGCCGAUAAGGAUGAUCCCGAAGCUUUGCUCGAAGGCAUCGCCAUGGCCGGUCUCGUUGGCGUUCUCCGGCAACUUGGUGACCUUGCCGAGUUUGCAGCUGAAAUAUUCCACGAUUUGCACGAGCAAGUGAUGGCAACAGCUUCAAGGGGUCACAGCCUGAUGGUUCGAGUUCAGCAACUUGAGGCGGAAUUUCCCACAAUUGAGAAAGCAUUCCUUUCCCAGACUAAUCACUCUUCGUUCUACUACAAUUACGGAACUGAUUGGCACCCUAACUUGCAUAUGGACCAGAAUGUAAUAACUCAGGGAGAUUUACCAAGAUUUGUAAUGGACUCUUAUGAGGAAUGCAGGGGUCCUCCUCGUUUGUUCCUUCUGGACAAGUUUGAUGUUGCGGGUGCUGGAGCAUGUUUAAAACGUUACACUGAUCCAUCAUUCUUUAAAUUGGAGACCUCUUACCCUGAUACUGUUAGGGACAAGAAAAUCCGUAAAGCAAAGAGGAAAGGGCCUCGCUGGAAGAAUGGAGAAACCCCAGAGCCAUUAUCCACAUCACAUGCAAAACUUCAUCAACUAUUUCUGCAAGAGCGCAUUGAAAAUGGCACUCUUAAUUCUGCUGGUCGUGUGAAAUUGAAAAGAAGGCUAAAUGGAUUUCCGUUUGACACAAAAUCUGGGAAAAGCUACAUGGAGAAAUUUCUUAAGCCGCCUUCUCCAGAUCAUAAUGAGGUUCAUGUAAUUCCUGAAGAUUUAUCACCUCCAAGCUUGCCUCCGAACAGCAAUUAUGAGUCUGCAUGUGAAGUAGUUGAAAUUAGUGUAAUUACUCCUCUGAAAGAGCCCAAGCAAUUUACGAGAAGUCCAAUUUUAUCUCCAGCUAGAGAAGAAACUACUCUAGAAUUGGCUGGAGACGAACUGAAUGAGGUGUCGUCAAGUGGUGAGGGCAGCGUAGACAUGUCAAAGCCGAAACUUGGAUGUCAAGCAUAUGAAACAUCCUCAACUUCUCAUGUGGUGUCUAGAGAGAAUGAUAUCCAAGUAGAUGGAGGAUCAAAAACCGAAGACAGCAUAGAUGAAAAUCAAUCAGAUGAUGUUGCUAGUGAGAUAGACAAUUUUGUGGAUGCCCUUGCUACUAUGGAGUCCGAUAUUGAGACAGACUCCGAGUUGAGAUCCAAGACUGAUUUGCGGUCCGUGAGCAGCAGAGGACAGGCAUCAAAUGUGGAUGAUGCAAAUGAUGUCCUGGAUCAAGCUCAUUCUGCAGAAUCAGUGUCAACUGGAAAUUCCACAUCAUCUGAUGAUGGAAGUAGCUCAUCAAAGAAGGAGUUAUGCAGCUUUUCUUAUUCCGAUGCUUACAGCACAUCUGCUGAGAAUAUUCAUUUUGAUUGUGAAGUUUCUUCGAAUGUUAUGACAUCUAAAAUUCAUGAAGGAGAGCCAUCUCUGAUACGGAAAUCUGUUGAUGCAGAAAGAGACGUAGCUGCACCUCUAAAAGAUACUGCUUAUGAUGGUAGCUCAAUUUUGCCGAAAGAAGUUCCCGAAAUUGGUUUUGAGCUUGAUGUUCCUGUUGAAAGUUCAACCCCUAACGGUUCUGUUCUUCAUGAGAAUGCUGAAGCAGUUAUGAAAGAUACUGCUUCAGUGAGUAGUGACAUCGAUGACAUGGAAGUUCCCAGUGCUGCUGAUGUUUGCAAUCAGAAAGGAGAUUCUUUGCCUGCAAAAUCCGCUGAAAUUUUGGAUGACUAUGAAAAUGUAGAUGCUACUAAGAUUCAUGACAAAGGCCUCAGAUCUCCUCUCUCCACACCAUCCGCCUCCAGAUAUGACUUGACAUGGCAGGUUCAAUCUGAAACCAAUUUUUUGAAUGAGUCAGAUGACGAGGAUGCAUAUCAGGACAAGAAUGCAGUGGGUUCUGAUGCCGAUGAAAACUUCUCUUCAUCAAAUGCAGAAAUUGAGCCUCUGGAUCAGUUACUUGAUGGGGAAAAACCAUUUAGUGCUACAAACCGUUCUGAUCCUCUUUUAUAUAAUGGAGAUCAGGUGUCACCUGAAAACCUGCCACUAAAUGAUUUUGGUGUUGAGGAACCAAAUUAUGAUCCAAAUAUUUCAGUUGGUGUGUCUGAUAUAGUGGAAGCUUUCACUGAAAAGAAUGUUACUGAUAAUUUGUUUCAAAUUCCAUCGGAAGAUGAGCAUCUGGAAAGUGUUGGUGGUUUGCAAAAUUCAGAUUUACAACUUUCUGAAGAGCACCUUAGCAGCCCAAUUAAUGAAGAACUUGAAAUGGACAGCUCAGGAAUAGAGGUGGAUGAAAGAAUUUCUGAAGUAGAUAAUUCUAUUCCAGCUGCAGAUGCUCCCGUAUCUUCUGAGUUGGUUGGGUCCCGUAAUCUUGUAAUGGAGGCUUAUGUUCAACCGAUUGACCUGGUGGGAGGUCAAACUUUACAGCUUACGGAUGUAUGUUGUGAUGAUCCCUUAAGUGUGGGAGAUGGGGAAACAGUAAAUGAAGAAGCUGCAUCCUGCUUGGGUGUGAUUGAAAGUAAUGGAACAUCAUCAUUGGCUGAAGUUCAUGAUCACUUGAAGGACCACGAUGAAUCUGCUACUGCAACAGCUACAAUUUCUGAUCUUGAUCAUGAGAAUGAUGGUUUUCCAUUUGACGCUCUCAAAAAGCUGGAAGUCGCAUCCAUCUCUAGCUUUAGAGAAGAGCAUUCUGGCUUGGAAGUUGACACUUCCAUUUCGAACAAGCCUGGAAAUUCAUCUGGUUUUAAUGAUGUGGAUGAUUUACGUACUGUAGUGACUGAUAAUAUAGGGUUACAAAUAUGUGAAAAAGAUGGGCCUCUUGUUUCAGAAAGUGAAAGUGGGCUGGACAUUGAUGAAAUGCCUCCAACUCAAAAGUUCACUUUAGCUAGCAAGGACAACUUCCUGGAUGCAGUGAUUGAUGAUAAUAUAGGGUCGCAAAUAUCUGAUGAUGAUGGUGGGCAUCUUGUUAUGGGAGCAGAAAAUGGGCUGAAUAUUGGUGAAACUCCGACAACUCAAAAGCUUUCAGGUAACGUGAGCAAUUUUCAAGAUACAGUGGAUGGUGAUUGUUUAGGUUCACAAGUAUGUGAUGAUGGCAGACAUCUUGUUUCAGGUGGAGAAAAUGAGCUGAAUACAGUUGAAAUGCCAACUUCUCCAUCAGUCGAGCCAUAUGAAAAUGACCCUGACAAUGUAGAAGAAGAUAUUGACUUACAACUAAAUUCAAUGGACUCAAACUUACACUGUAAAUCUGAUGACGAUUUAGCAUUGUCAACUGGAUUGCAGCAGGCAGUGUUUUCCGAUCUUGAUUAUAAUUUAAGAACAUUUGAUACUUCUGAGAAUACCAGUUCCUGUCAAUCUUCAGCCUCAGAGCAGUUGUCACUAGGAAACAAGAAGAUUGAUUCUACUGAACACUACUCAGGUCCACCGAAUCCCGCAUCUUUGCCCUUUCCUGUGCUUCCAGAUCCUGGCCAGAUAUAUUUGGAAGAAAUGCCACCCCUGCCUCCUCUUCCUCCGGUUCAGUGGAGGAUGGGAAAGUUUCAAAAUUCUUCACAAGCCCGCGAGAGCAUUAUGGGACUGACGCAUGCCAACAUUGCAUUUCCGCCACCCCCAUUGUCAUCAAUUGUCAAUGGCGAAACUUACAAUUUGAAUCCUUUCCUGCCACCAGUGACUUUGUCCAAUGAGAAGUCAACUCCUCUUCCUGAACAAUCAGUAGAUUGUAGUAGUAGUUCAUUUUGUCCAUCGGAGGUUGAACCUGGAGAGCAGAAAAAAGAUAUUCUCCCCCAAGAAGGAUACCAGGUUACAGAGACACUUUCACAGUCUCAUAGAUCUGAAAGUGAGAAGCGGGGAGCGGAACUGAACCCCAGUAUGGAUUCAAUUGAUCAAACAUAUGUAACAGAUGGAGCUCAUUUACCCAGUUCAUCUCAUGAAGAACUCAUCAAACCUCCUAAUCAAAUGGUUCAAGAAGCAAGUCCAAGCAAUGUGGAGCUUGCUGCCCAUUCUGUUGAAAAUAUGGUUACUUGUGAUACUUCAGAAAUUUCUGUUAAGGUAACAAAUGAGAAUGUGAUACCAACUUCAGAGGAGCAUUUAUCACCCCCCAGUGCUGAAGAUGGUAUAACAAAUAGCAAUCGAACGUUGAAGCUGCCUCGACCGCGCAACCCUCUUAUAGAUGCUGUUGUUGCUCUUGAUAAAAGCAAAUUAAGGAAAGUACCAGAGCGGAUAAAACCUCAAGUAGAGAAGGAAGAUGAGAGAGAUUCCUUGUUGCAGUUAAGGAAAGUGCCAGAGCGUAUUAAACCACAGGUGCAGAAGGAUGAUGAGAGAGAUUCAUGGUUGGAACAGAUAAGGACCAAGUCUUUCAACUUAAAGCCGGCAGUUAUUACUCGACCUAGUAUUCAUCAGGGUCCGAACACUAAUUUGAGGGUUGCUGCAAUUUUGGAGAAAGCAAAAACAAUUCGUCAGGCCUUUGCUGGAAGUGAUGAGGACGAUGAUGAUGAUAGUUGGAGUGAUUCAUAAAAUUGCUUGUCGAAACCCAAAAACCUAGCCACAUAUCUUCCAUGCUACAUUAUAAUUUAGCACCGGAAAUUUCUGCAUCUGAUAUUCUGAAUCAUGUGUGUCUUGCCUUUUCAAAUUGGUAUUGAGUGGUUAGCGAAGCGAGAAACUUUCCAGUCUAUUGACGUGAUAUAUGGUUACGUGCAUCUUGAAUAUAGGAAGUAGCUAAAUCUAGCCUAUGGUCAAAAUUUAGGUUUAGAAUUGGAAAUGACUUUGCCUGUCAUUUCUAGUAUAGAUGAUCAAUAGUAUAUACCACGAAUGUCACUGCAGAUUUUGAUGAUGUUGUAACGAGGUGUUAAAUUCAAUUACCUCACAUGGAGAGAAGAAAGUGCUGUAAUUGUUCUGGUCAAGAAUUUGUGCAUAUUUGUAAAAGUUCGCAUUUUGCAUAUAUAUAGAGAAUGAAACAAUAUUGCCUGAGAAAACCUGGGGAGAACUGUCUAAUGUUAUUGUGCAGUAUUUUUCUUGUGGUCAGAUGUUCUGAGGGCUCAUGCACUGGAUUGUUUGGAGGUCUGGACAGCGUGUGGUUUGAAUUCAAGUCACAG